GCAAGUUGGGGAGGUUGCAGAUAAGUACAAGUAAUUAGCUGUAAACGUAAUUAAGGAGGACUAAUUUCCGUGAAAUUGAGAGCCACCUUAAUGGAAAGGAAGCCUCUCAAUUCCAACAUGUAGCCAAAACCAACGGCGGCUUUUAGCCCCGCUUGUUUGUUUAUUUUUUUUAAGUUUUCAUUUCCUCUUCCUUUCCAAACACGAACAACAGAAACAAGAAUCGACUUGUCAAUUCCCAACGAACCAGAUUUCAACGAUUUUCCAUCCCCGAUAUUCAAGGACUAGGAUUUAAUUUGGAUUGGAAUUUUAAUUCUAGGGUUUCGAAGAUUCAUCGUAAAAUUAAUUGAAUUAAUAAUUGAUUUUGAUUUGAAAUAUCCUAGGGUAUGGGAAUCGAAGUGUCCAGUUCCAAACCUUUACCUAUUGAUGCUGAGAAUAUGACAAAGGGAGAUAACGAGAAGGUUCGUGUCCAGAGAAAGACUUUACUGGCCGUGCUGGAGCAGUGCCAGAGAGCUCUUGAAUUGCUUGCUAAAGACUAUGAUGAAGAUGAUAACGAUGAAGGCGCCGAUUCCGAGGAGGAGCCGAGCCGCGAAGGAUCAUGGUCUUCCCGGGCCGAUCCAGAAGCUGAUGAGCUUUGCAAUCUUCUUAAAUCUCGAGUUGAAUGCCCUGACUUCCUUCAAAAGUUAGAGCGUGCGCAGGUGUCACAAAUUAAUGCUGUUGCUGUGGCGGAAGAAGGUAGUUCAUGGGAAAUGGUCAGUAGCAAUGAUACGUGGGAUAGUGAAAAUGCCGAUUUGGAUGAAGAAGAUUACGUUCUUGUUGGGGAAGAAGAUAUAUUGGAUGGUAUUGCAUGCUUCAUGGCAACAUAUCUACUCUCCCUUAAACAGACCAAGAAUAUGACUCCAAGUCAACUUCAAGAAGCUCUUGGCAAGACCUUCUCUGUAAAGAAGAAAAAGGGAAAGCUUCGGAAAGCUUGGGAUGGAAGUAAAGUCUUAUAUAAUGUAGCUUCCUGGGGUGCAACGGCCAUCGGGAUAUAUCAAAAUCCUGUUCUUCUGAGGGUUGCCUCUAAAGCCUUCUGGACUUCAUGUCAUGCAAUAUCAAAGCUUCUCUGAUAUGUCUGUGUCAUCAUUGGUUUUAGACUGGUUCUGGUGUUGGGAUGCACUGUUGUAUUUAUGCUUGUGGUGUCAGUGCAGGUUGGUGUUUCACAGUUUGUGUAACUUUAAUGCCAUUCUUUGGGUGUUACAGAUCCAUUGAUUCCUUGUCUUAAAUUGAACUUGUAAAUAUUUGUGCCUCGUGAAGCAUUCUGAGUGCAAUUCAAAUUCAUUGGCUAUAACAUCUUUAGUCAUCAGUUUGAUUUUUA